AUGAGAGUUUCCCCAUUGAAUCACUACCAGUUGGUGGACAUAAAACCAGACCCUGACCUCCAACUGGCUUCAACAAAGAGCCAUCUUGUCCAUGGCUGCACCUCCUUUAUUUGCUUUGGUCGUGCAGCCACAGGACCUGAGAGUAGUCCAUCUCACCUGAAACUAGACCCUUCCCUCCACCCACAACCACAACCACAACCACAACCACAGGAUGAUCUUAAACAUUCUCCUGAGUCUGAAAAGGUCACCAAAACUUGUACCACUGAUCUUGAUCUUGAUAAUUUUGAAAACAAAAAUGGAGAUGCUUUAAAGAGCAGCUUGAAGAGACCAAAAACGAGUGUUAUUGCUUCUGUUGAUGUUAAUGGGGGUGAAUGUAAGAACGAGUGUGGUGAUACAGAAACAAGAAAAGUGCAAUGGACAGAUGUGUUUGGGGGAGAGCUAUUUGAAAUUCGUGAAUUUGAGCCAAGUGAACACGAUGGCUCAGAUGAUGAAUCUAACUGGAAUGAAGGAACAUGUACGUGCAUGAUAAUGUAAUUUGUACUCCACCACCACCACCACCACCACAAUCAACAGCAUCACCGCCAAUACUGCCGCCACUCACAUAUCUACAUCUGUCUAUAUAUCAUUACUUAUGGAGUUCAGUUUUGUUUAUUUAAGGGCUUUCCCUUUUGUUUAUGUUCUUGUAGGCAGUUGUGUUCUUUGUUUGUUUCAAAAUAAUGUGCUGUUUGAUUUCCAUAUUUUAUUUUAUUUUUGUGUUAAUUUGAGAGUAGGUUUUUGUUUUCUAUUAGUUUUUAUGUAAUGGGAAUUUUGAGAAAGUUUAAAUUUAUGUAGCAGUUAUGAUGUUGUUGGUUACAA